AAUUUAUAUGUAAUCACAGACUGGACAUGUAUGUGUGGUUUUAUUGAGUAAAAUAUGUACAGUCGGUACUUUAGCUAAUGUUUAUUGUAUGGUUGGUUCUUAUGGUUGAGAAACUAUUAUUUUGCUAUAAUAUCUUUGCUCAUUUGUGAUACUACGUCUAAAAAAUAACUUGUUUGACAGGCUUGUACAGUACAGUGAUUGUGUGGUCACGUGGCGGUGCAGACACGCUUCUCUCAUAACUCCGAUCCAAACUGAGUUUAUAAAGCACCAGAUAGUUUUUGAAUCAGAUAGUUUCAGCCGUCCGUCUGAACUUCAUCACAGUCGGUGUAGACAUGUCUUUCUGCUCGUUCUCUGGAGGGGAGUUUUAUAAAGAUCACUUUGAGACUGGCGUGUAUGUUUGUGCCAAAUGUGGACAUGAGCUGUUCUCCAGCAGGUCCAAAUAUGAGCAUUCAUCACCCUGGCCAGCCUUCACAGAAACCAUUCAUGAAAACAGUGUUUCUAAACACGAGGAGAGACGGGGCGCUUACAAGGUUAAAUGUGGUAAGUGUGGAAAUGGUCUUGGCCAUGAGUUUGUGAAUGACGGACCCAAACACGGCCUCUCGCGCUUCUGAAUAUUCAGCAGCUCUAUGAAGUUCGUUCCUAAAGUCAAGAAUGAACAGCAGUAGAGCCAGAUGCUGGGUGGAUAAGCAUGUGAGGAGGUUUCAGGAAGAGUGUAUGGAGAAGAUCUGACGUGUUUCCUGUGUGGAUGGUGAAUGAAAGGCUCUGAUGAAAAGCCCACAGAGGAACAUUCAGAGCGAUGAUGUGUACAGCCUCACGGGAAACAUGAAGAAGCUUACUCCCAAUAACUGCUACUACCAAUCAAUAAAUGCACAACUAUUCAGUUCUUUUAAAAUAUGCACAAUAUACACUACUGUUCAAAAGUCUGGGGUCAGUAAGAUGUUUUCAUGUUUUUGAAAGAAAUCUAUUAUUAUGUUUUCAUCAAAACUACAGUAAAAACAGUAAUAUUUAGUAUUAUUACAAUUUAAAAUAACUUUCCUCUAUUGUAAUAGAUUUUAAAAUGUAAUUUAUUCCUGCGAUGCAAAGCUGAAUUUGCAGCAUCGUUACUCAUCUGCAUGUAAACUGCUGGAUUUUUCUGCUGUUACAUAUUAAUGGAAACCCAAGAGUGUAAAGCUCAAAGUCUAAAAUGCUCCAUGAACAUCUUCUUUUAAAUGGGAUUAAUGAAUACAUUGUUUGUGUGGUGUUACUUUAAACCUAUAAAGUACAUUCAUGCUCUUUGUAGAGGUCAGUAAUAAAAGCAACCUAUGCCAGGAUUGCAUUA